AUCAUUAAUCUUGUUUAAAACUUAAAAUAGCAAAUUCUGUAUUGGUUAAUAAGCAAUGCACAUAAAACAGUAAGGUUGUAUUACUUGAAAACAGAAUAGAGCCUUUCUUGGAUGAGAAGACGAUUGCAGUUGAACUUGAAAAUAUUUUGAAAUUCAAAAUAUCAGUAUUUUAUAUGUUAUAGAUAACUUUGUGCAUCUUUUAAAAUGGUGACUGUAGUGGGAAAAAUUAUCAAUAAAGCAGACCCAAGAAUCCUGACUUAUCCAGAAGAAUAUGAUAAUUCCCUCCCUGAUGAUGUUUCAUUCCCAGAGUUCAUUUUACAGAGGAUAGUGCGCUGGGAUGAUAAAGUGGCUUGUGUAAAUGCUGAAACAAAACAAGCUUUCACUUUUGCUCAAAUAAGAGAAAGUUCUUUUGCACUGGCAGCUGGAUUACAAAGAAAAAUUAACCUCAAACGAGGAGACAAGGUCGCAGUAGUUCUGCCCAACUGUUUGGACUACCCCGUCGUAACGUUUGCCGUUACUUUGUGUGGAGGUUGUGCUAUACUCAUAAACCCUGCUCAAACCAUAAAUGAAUUGGGACAUUCAGUUAAAUUAACCGACCCGAAAAUAUGGAUUGGAACGGAAGAUUCUUUUGUAAAAUUCGGAGAAAUUUACAAGGGUUAUUCCAACCGACCUUCUUUUGUUUUCCUAAGUCCUCGUUCAACUGGUGAUAAUAACGUGAUAACUGUUUCACAGCUGAUAGUCCUUGGACAUGAACACGAUUUCCGACGACCAAGUAUCAAUCCUCGUGAAGAUGCCGCGCUUAUUCUUUUUUCCAGCGGAACUACUGGUGUUCCAAAAGGCGUCGUUUUGACUCAUUUGAAUUUGAUGGCAUCCCGACGACAGAGCGAGGAACUCGCUAAAAAUGUUCGACGUCAAAAUCCCGGAACGUCAAUCCCGGCCAGUGAAUGUUUAGCAGCUGUUCUUCCUUUUUACCAUUCGUUCGGCAUCAGUGGUGUCUUUGACAACCUUAUGGGAGGUUUACGAUUCGUUUUAAUACCCAACUUUACUCUACAACGUUUUCUUCAGGCUGUUCAAGAUUACAAAAUCACCAUAGUAUCGUUGGUUCCAGCAAUUGCUAUUCAAUUAGCCAAACAACCUGUUGAGAAGCGUUACGACCUUAGUUCGCUGCGAGUUAUCAGGUGCGGUGCAUCCGCUUUGAGUGCUGAAACCAUCACAAUUUUGAAGCAAAAGUUGAACUGCUUAGUCUACCAAGGUUACGGAAUGACGGAAGCAACUGUACGCUCUCACGCCAACUAUAAAGGCGUUAAUCGGGAUGGCAGUAUCGGGAUCGUCAUGCCAUUUUGCCAAUGCAAAGUUGUAGAUCGCAAUACAAAUGAAACUCUGGGACCAAAAGAAGAGGGUGAGAUCUGCGUCAGAGGUCCAGUCAUCAUGAAGGGUUACAUCGGUGAUGCAGUAGCUACCCAAGCCACGAUAGACUCACAUGGCUGGCUUCACACUGGCGACAUAGGCUACUAUGAUGAAGACGGCUACUUUUUUCUUACUGAUCGCAUGAAAGAACUUAUCAAAUAUAAAGGACUGCAGGUGUCCCCAACUGAGCUCGAAAAAAUUCUUCUGACUCACCCAGAUGUCCUGGACGUUGCAGUAGCUCCUGUUAGUGAUCCAAACGCCGGAGAAAUUCCUCGUGCCUACGUUGUCAAACGACCAGAAUGUACUAUGACGGGCGAUGAGCUAGCAAAUUUCCUUUCAGAUAAAGUGAGCUCUUACAAGCAACUACGUGGUGGUGUUGUCUUUGUCGAAACGAUUCCGAAGACUAGUACUGGUAAAAUCAUUCGUCGAGCUUUAGUAGCAAAAUAUCCCAGCAAGUUAUAAGACU